AUGGCCCAAGCUUGGAACGGCCUCAUUAUCCAAGUGAUUGUUGAUUGGGAGAUUCAGAUAUUGUUGCUGCUAAGCUUCGCCCUGCAAUUGCUGCUCUUCUUCUUUGGUGGCCUUCGGCGCCGCAGCAGCAAUGCUCUGCUCAGGCUCUCACUAUGGCUUGCAUACCUAUCAGCGGACUUCAUUGCUGUAUACGCCCUAGGGUACCUCUCAAGACAUCUACCCACCACCACAACUACUACUGCAAAUGGUGAUAGAUGUUACCAAGAAUGCCUUCAAUCCCAAGCAUUGUCCAGCCCAAGCCACCCUCUCACUCUCUUGUGGGCACCAUUCCUUCUCGUGCACCUUGGCGGGCAAGACACUGUGACUGCCUUCGCCCUGGAGGACAAUGAGCUAUGGCUGAGGCAUUUUCUGAACAUGAUGGUCCAAGUAUGCCUAGUUCUCUAUGUGUUAUGGAAUUCAAUGGCACAUAACCAGCUUGUGAUACCAGCAGCCUUUGUAUUUGUCGCCGGAGUCAUCAAGUAUGGGGAGAGGAUAUGGGCGCUCAAGUGUGGGAGCCAGAAAGGCCUCAAGAGCUCUGCUAUCAGCAGCAUUAUUGUAUUUGAUGAUUCCACUCAGACAACCAUAGUUGCAAAUGAAUCACCCAGAGUGAGAUAUAGACAUGAAGACAUCCAUCUUCAAACUGAUAUGAAAUAUUCAUCGAUUGUCAAGCGUGCUUUUCACUCCAAUCUAGGUGUUCAUGAGGUAUUUGCUGGAAGGAAAAUAUACCAGAUGGAGCCUGACACCCAACGGUUAUUUCGGUUUCCUUACAACCAACCAAUGACACUUGUACAAGUAGUUUUCAAGCUAAUGGAGAUUGAACUUAGCAUGAUGUACGACGAUCUCUACACAAAAGCAAAAGUGAUCCAAGCAAGGGGUGGGCUCAUACUUCGAUGUGUCUCCCUCACCUCCUCAAUGGUUGCUUUUGUGUUGUUCCUCUUGAUGAGCAACAACAAGAAAAGACAGUAUAGGUCUCCACCAAGAAGUGAUGAUGUAGUAGUAACCUAUAUAUUAUUCAUAGGAGCUUUUUUCUUGGAGGCUUUUGCUGCCAUUCUUGCCAUUAUUUCACCACGGGCAUUGGUGUCCAUGGAACCCGACCAAGAUAGACAUGGAGGAUGCAGUAUCCUCGCCAGAGUACCAUGGUUUAUCUUUGCGAAGAUCCAGCCAGAAACGAAGCCAUGGUGGUCAAACUCAAUUGGGCAAUACAACUUCUUAAACUCCUGUGUUGCUGACGAUAGGUCGAGGAUAGCUCAAAUGAUGGUUAAGGUUGGAGCUAAGGAGAUUUGGACUAGCAUUCGACACAUCAGGCAUGCCAAAGUUACCACUGAAAUAAAGAAUCUCAUCCACCAAGAGAUCAAUAGAGAGAACUUGGAGCCCCUAAGAAUGCCUUCUCAAUUGUAUGAUGUGGUCCAGCGCCCCUUCGAGGAGGCCUUGUUGUUGAUGCACGUCUUCACAGACUUGCUCCUGUUCAAGGCAAGACACAUGGGAGGGAUAAUGCAGGAGAUGCGUCCCCUUAUAGAUUCAUGCAGGGGGAUGUCUGAUUACAUGUUGUUCCUGCUGGUCAUGCACCCUGCAUUGCUACCUGUUGGAGGCAACGUGCAUGACUUACUAGUAAGAGCCACCAAGAGUUUCAAAGACAGAUCUCGUGGUAGCAAGGAGAUUUUUCUGGAUAAUUUGCCAACACAGUCUACUGCAUUUCAGAAUGCGUUCAAUUUGACUGAGGAAGCUUUCUCCCUAGUGGAAGACAUGGUGAAGCGCGAGGAGGAUCUUCGUGCAGCGCUGCAAAUGCUUGCGGAGACAUGGGUGCGGCUGCUCAUCUAUGCAGCUGGGAAGUCCCGCCCGGAGGAGCACGCUCGCCGGCUGAGCACGGGAGGGGAGCUCCUCACCUUCAUCUGGCUGCUCAUGGCACAUCGUCAGCUAGGGGACUUGUACUAUGAGGUCGAUCUCGUGGAAAGAGGUAAAGGGAGAGAAAUUUAUAUGACUGGCGCAGUAUGUUACGCAGAUGUAAAUGUUCUUUUUGAAGGCAUCCCGAGAAGAUCUCAUGUACAUCCAUGGAAUAACUUCCAAGAGGACUCGGAAAGUGCAACUCCAAACAACGUGCUGCCGAGCUCGUCUUCAAAGUAG